UAAACUCCACCCAUCAACUCACGCCGCUCUCUCGCUCAAAAACCCUAGCCCUCGCGCCGCCGCCGCCGCCGCUCCCCCGCGCACUCGCCGCUCGCCGCCCGCGAGCUCGCGCCGCUUCGCAACCAUGAAGUUCAACAUCGCGAACCCGACCACCGGGUGCCAGAAGAAGCUCGAGAUCGAUGACGACCAGAAGCUGCGUGCAUUUUUUGACAAGAGGAUCUCUCAGGAGGUCAGUGGCGAUGCUCUGGGCGAGGAAUUCAAGGGCUAUGUCUUCAAGAUCAUGGGGGGUUGUGACAAGCAGGGUUUCCCUAUGAAGCAGGGAGUGCUCACUGCUGGACGUGUCCGCCUUCUUCUUCACAGGGGCACACCUUGCUUCCGUGGGUAUGGCAGGCGUGAUGGUGAGCGCAGGAGGAAGUCUGUCCGUGGUUGCAUCGUCAGCCAGGACCUAUCUGUUAUUAACUUGGUGAUUGUCAAGAAGGGUGAGAAUGACCUGCCUGGCCUUACUGACACUGAGAAGCCCAGGAUGAGGGGACCCAAGAGGGCCUCCAAGAUCAGGAAGCUCUUCAACCUUUCCAAGGAUGAUGAUGUCCGCAAAUAUGUCAACACCUACCGCAGGACAUUCACUACCAAGAAUGGCAAGAAGGUGAGCAAGGCUCCUAAGAUCCAGCGUCUUGUGACUCCCCUCACCCUCCAGAGGAAGCGUGCCAGAAUCGCUGACAAGAAGAAGAGGAUCGCCAAGAAGAAGUCGGAGGCUGCUGAGUACCAGAAGCUUCUUGCCCAGAGGCUCAAGGAGCAGAGGGAACGCCGGAGCGAGAGCUUGGCAAAGAGGAGGUCCAAGCUUUCUUCUGCUGCCAAGGCUGCUGCUACCACCGCCUAAGUUGGUUUAGAGCUUGAGAUGUUUUAAAAUCGUUCAUUCCUGAGUUAUAAUAGCCCAAGAACCUCUUGCACUAUGUUCGAUCAAUCCACCCCAGCUACUUUCAGAUUUCUCGAGUAAUUGGUGCAAUUUUGCAUGAACAUGCUGCCUUGUUUGGAAUUCUUUUUUGAGUACCGGAGAAUUACCAUGUUAGUGUGUUGGUUUAUGUUUUGAAGGUGGCCUUGUUAUUC